GAAGGAGAGAGGGAGGGAGAGAGAGAAAAAGGAAGCUCUCCGAUAAGUUUUUGUGUGUAUUUGUCCAAAGUUACUUUCACAAAGCAAAGGAAUGAUUGGAGGCCUUGUAGGGAUCAGCAUGCCGAAGAGAGAGAUCUGAAGGCAAGGACGGACUCCGGCUUGUCAGCAGUUGUGCACAGCUGAUGACAACAUCAGAUAUUAACACUUUCUAAGGCCUUGGGCCUCGAGUGGCUACAGAGAGACCCUGGUCAGCGAUAAAGAGAGACGAUGUCCUCUGACUUGGACUCCAGUCUCACCAGUAUUGACUGGCUACCUCAGCUGGGAAUCAGCAGCCUGCGCUCCGGGAGAGAGAGAGGAGGAGGAGGAGGGGAGAGGGACAAGAAGAAAGACCAAGCGAGGGAGAGGGGAGACUUGCUACCCUCUGUGCCGGACCCCUCCCUUUCAAACUCCAAGGGGAAACCCCCUCACAGCUAUGCCACUCUCAUCGCCAUGGCAAUAGCAGCUGCACCUGAGAGGAAGUUGAGUUUGAAUGACAUCUACACCUGGAUCAGUGACACUUUCCCCUACUACAGCCGAGCUGGUCGUGGAUGGAAAAACUCCAUUCGGCAUAAUCUGUCCCUUAACAAAUGCUUCAGGAAGGUUCCUCGGCCACAGAGCGACCCCGGCAAGGGUUCCUAUUGGACGAUGGAUGGACCCCCAGAGGUGAAUCAAGUGAGGGCGCCUAAACGUCCCUAUCCAGAGGAGCAAGAGGAGAGGCAGGAUGUUCCUGAAGUACCGGGGACACAAGCAGAGAGAGGACCCUCUCCUCAUCAACCACAGCCAACCUCCCACACGGACCACCAGCACCUUGACACGGAGCCACUGGGAGCCGUCCAGCAACAGUCAGCCCAGGCUGCCUCCCUCUCUCCUCCCCCAUGCAAGCAACCCUCACCUUACAUGCCAGACCCCGUGUCCAGCUUCUCUACCCCUCACCCAUCUCUCUCUCCUUCAGCUGAGCUCCCACCUGCCGCCCCCAUGUCCUCCAUCAAUUCUUUCCCACUUCCCCAUCCACCCGGCCCCACUUUUCCCAUCCCCACCCCCUCUGCUACACAUCUAUCUGCACCUUCUACAGCUGCUCCCUCUUUCUCUAAUGCCACUCUGUCCUUUCCUGCCAUCUCAGGGCCCGUACCUGUUUCCACUUUCUCCUGCACCCCUAACUCGGUGCCUGUGUCUGUUUGCACUGUGUCAGGAGCCACUCACUCUUCUGUAUCGGUUGUCCCUCCUGUUGUCUCAUUAACCUCCUCCACUGAUCCUCCGCUCCGUUUCACCUUUGAUGAGAUGAAUUUACCAGACUUGUACGCAUCUUUCAAGUCUCUCUUCAAGACCAUGCGAGAGAGGGGAGGUUCACAGUCGGAUGUUGCUCCCCUGGCUGGCCUGAGCAAUGACACUACCCCACUGCACACUCCAACUCUGCUACCAAUGUCUCCUCACCCUGCACCUGCACCACCUCCACCAGCUGCACACCCUCAUGAGACAGAGCGCGUUUCGCAAUGCACUGUGCCGCCUGACUGGUUCAGUAACCCAGAUUCUCUGAAGGAGAGCUUCCGCAUCGCCAGCCAUCUAGACUGGGCAAACAUAGACCUCUCUGGGCACCCAGAUCUGCUGGAGAGCAUGCGCCAGGCGGAGCUCUGCGACUGGGCCCUGGACCCGGCGCUCUUCACUUCUCUGUGUGACUCUCUGAACCGCUUCUUCACUCAGAAAGGCAUGAUCACCCCUGGGAAUAGCUCCCCACUCGCCCUCGGUGCACCUCACUCCUUACAUGUCCCACCAUUCACCACCAAUCCACCUCCUACCCUUUCCAGCCUCAUUCACCCCUCCCCCCUCCCCUACUCUCCCAUAGUUCAUCCCGCCAGUGGAGCUCAGCCGCCACGGAGGGCUCUGCACAUGCAGGGACAGGGACUUCAAAGACCACAGCUAACGCAACCUACAAACUCAGCCGCUGGGCUGCAGCCUCAGUCUAUGACACCACGACAGCGUCCUCCAUUAAAGAAUCUGCACAGCAACAGUGAGGAGUUCCAGGACGACUUUGACUGGGAUUCUCUGCUCGUUUGACCCUCAGUGUCUGUGUGGCGAAACAACCAAGACUGAACUUUUCAGAGAAAUUUGACUGCGCUAAACUCUGUGAAGACGCUGGGUCGCCGUUACGCAUCUUGAAGCUUCUCUGAGAGCAAGUUUGGGAUCAAGUGUGUCACAUGACUGAACGCUGUAUUUCAAGGUUGAAAGAGUUGUAGAUGUUUUUUCACCUUUAUUCAAAUUCAUGUGCUGUAAUAACUUUUGUUUAGCUUUUCUUCUCCAGUUAAUUGGCAGGGUGUUUUUUUCCUGUUGGAUUGUAGAUUUAUAAACGUGUUCACCAUAGAAAAUAAAGUGUAAAUUUAUUUUUGUCACUAUUGAAAUCUGUAAAAAAAAAAAAAAAAAAAAA